AUGGUGUCUUUUCUGAACCGGGCUCUUGGCCUUGGAUCUCUGUUGUUAUCGUAUCGUGUAGCCUGUUGCUUUGAAGCAGACAUCUCGCUCUCGUCAGUGGUCGAUGCGACACUGAGUGCCGGCCGAAGGGAUGUGGAGGAAUCCCACGAGAACAGUUUCCAGUGUACUCUAUCUCCUACCAACUUGGCAACAGCAAGCGAUGCUUUCUUUGGUGGCGACGUGGAGGAAUGCCUGAGCUUGGCAGAAGAAAACCAAACUACCAGUCCGGGAAUGUUGAUGAUUUGGGAAGUAGAAACAGACGAGAUGAUGGUGUUCCGGGACAUGGACAGUUACCAGCAAGAAGUGACAGUAGCCCUUCGAAACCACGGCUUUUCGGUUGAAACAACAAAGUCCUUUCCAAAGGGUCAGCAAACGGUAGCUUGGAUGAUGAGAGAAGGAUACAUUAUCGCACGCUCCCUCCACAACAACAACAACAACAACAACAACAACAACAACAACAACAACAACAACAACAACAACAACAACAACAACAACGGCUUUUCAGUUUUCGUCCACCUUUGGGACAAUAUGGGACAACUACCGGCCGUCAAGAAUGCCUUGGGUUUGGGAAGUCAAAUGACGCCUUGCCAUCAGCAUGUGGCUGGAGGGGUGUUUGGCUUCAUGGCUCGGAACCGCAUUUGUUCAAACCAAGAAGAUAUAAUGGAGGGUCCAUCAAUUUUGGAUAGCGACUGUUUUCACAGCGAUGAUAAUGAUGUUGAUGAUCGCAUUUCUUCUCAGUGCAAUCAUGAUUCGAAGCUACAAUCCACGUCCCAAACUGUUACUGGUGGGUACCAUGCCAUUAUUCAUCAAUUGGAGGUGACCAAUUCACGUCGUCAAGAAGACAUGGGAACAUCCACAGACCAUUCCUCCCCUUCUGACUUUGUGCUCACCCGAUCCGAGCUCCGGAAAUCGUUUGAGCGGGCAGUGGCAAUGCUCGACAACGAAAAGUCGGCCAAAGUGAUGGGGUCUGCCGUGGGGGAUGGAUUCCUGCAGGUGGCGUUGACUGUACGGGGCGCUUUGGCCAUUUGGUGGGACGGACGACAACACGUUGACAUCAACUUUUUCCCGUCUGGAAGAAACAAUAAUGGGAGCCACAGCGACAGCAGCUCAUCGCACACGACAACGGAAGAAUUGGGCAACAAGCUGGUAGACGAGUUCCGAAGGGACAUGGCCAACGUUAGGACGAUGUUACAAGACAACUGUUGUCCCAUCAGCGUGGAGUGACCAGGCAGCUUCGGUUGUGAGCCGCACAAACUAUGCUUGAUUGACGGAGACAAUAAUAACUACACGUACAGUACAUUACUAACUAGAUCUAAUAGUUAUACAUCAAUGGGAGCCGGAAAAUGAUGUGCGAUCAGUUAUUCGCUACCUGGCAUCAUCAAGUAAACAUACAGAAAUAAUAAAGACGCAAUAAUUCCCGCGCUUAUACAUACCCCUUCAUCGUGCAUCCCCAUCGUUCGAAACACUAUCAUUUCGGGUCAACAACAAAACAGCCACACGCAGCAACAACACUGUCAACCGCAUCA